UUUUAAAAUUAUGUAGAUGUCACACUGAUGCACUUAAAAGAGUGGUAUAAUUGAUGGUGAAGAGUACAAGGUUAGUUGUACAGAGACAACUAUCUUGCAACUUGAGUGUUUAUAUAUAUGUACAUAUUCAUAAAGUUCAAGAUAAUUUAUCUCUUCAAUCUCAUUUUAAAAUUUCAACCCCUUAACCUUUCAAAAAACCAAACAAAGUUAAGAUGGAAGGACAACCUAAACAGAGUGUUCUUCAGGAAAACCUACCCUCUUACAUGAUUAAAAAGUUAACAGACAAGGUAACCCCAUUACAUGAAGCUGCUAAUCGUGAUAUACGAUUACAAGAUGCUGCACUCGAAGGAGAAGUAACUUUGUUGAACGAUUUGCUCCUAGAAGAUCCACACAUCCUAGAUCGCAACCGGUACAUGGCUCAAAAUGGUUGCUCUCCAUUACAUGUAUCCGCAAAAGCUGGUCACCUAGGAUUUGUGCAAAUGAUUCUACAACACAAGCCAGAUUUAGCAGAAGAGCUUGAUCAAUCAAAACGAUGGUCACCACUACACAUGGCCUCGGCAAAAGGGCACUUGGAGAUAGUCAAUGUGUUGUUAGAAGCAAAUCCUAAAAUGUGUUUUGCUCGGGAUAUUGAUGGUAGGAACGCAGUCCAUAUUUCCGCCAUAUAUGGACAUACUGGUGUUCUUGCAGUGCUUCUUCGGGCGAAGCCACAGACAGCUUUGGAGCUGACUAAUGCCGGCGAAACUGUUUUUCACUUGUGUGUGAAACACAAUCGGCCAGAGGCUCUUCAGUUUUUGAUAGCUUUCACAGAUAAUGAUAAACUGCUCAACUCCAAGGACAGUGGUGACAAUACCGUCUUACACUUAGCAGUGGCUGCUAAACAACAUGGGGUAGUAGACAUCUUACUAGAAACAAAGAUGGAUAAAAAUGCUAUCAAUAGAAAUGGCUUUACAGCGAAGGAUCUUUGUAGUCGGAGUACGAAAGAAGAGGUUGAUAUUAAGAUUUGGAAAUCCCUAAAGCGUGCCAAAGCAUCAAGAAGAAAGAAUACAGUAAAUAGACACCGAGAUUGGUUAGAGAAGCAGCGUAAUGCUCUAAUGGUGGUAGCCUCCCUGAUAGCAACAAUGGCUUUUCAAACCGGAGUGAAUCCUCCAGGAGGUGUUUGGCAAGAGGAUGAUAAUGAAAAUAACUACAAAGCAGGCAAUUCCAUAAUGCAAGACAAGGAUAGUCAGAGGUAUAAUAGAAUGCUAAUUUAUAACACAAUCGGACUGUUUUCAUCUCUAUUUGUCAUUCUUCUCCUUAUAAGCGGCCUUCCUUGUAAGCGACUUUCUGUGGGUAUUUUGAUGAUAACCAUGUGGAUUGCCGUAAUAGCAACAGCAUUGACUUACUCUAUCUCAAUAAUCUUUCAAGCAAAUGUUGGUGAUCUUCUUUUUUUGACUGAUUAUAAUCAAAACGACCUGGACCCAAAGAAAUACAAACCAGUUAUUAAAGUAUUAAAUAUAUCUGUUAUAAUUUGGGUCUGCUUUUUAGUAAUUUUGGUCCUUGCACAUUUUAUGCGCACCAUAAUCAAGCUCGUCAAGGAAAUGGUACAAGCAGCGAUAAAUAUGUGGGAUACGAGCAAUGGAAGGAGCACAAGACCCCCACCAGUUUAGUGGUUGUCAUAAGAACUAGUUACAUUUCGGUAUUCAUGUUUAGAUUUCCAAUUAUGUAUGUGUUUGAAUAGCAAUGAGAGCAUUCUGUUUAUGUGAACCUUUGAAUCUGCUUGUAAUUCGUUUUACAAAGCCAGAAAAGGGUUUGAAUUGGCUUGUGUAAGUGUUAUGCUUUGAAUUAAAUCUGUCGGAUUUUCUAUAUGAAAUUAGGUUAUAUUAGUAUA